ACGCAUGCUUCCUUGGCGGCUACCGAGGCGCCCUGCGGCCGCAGCUGAGGGCUGCACAGCCCGCUCCGGCCGGGGUCGGAGCCGAGCCCCAUGGGCUGAAGGGCGACUGGCGGCGGCCGCGCUCCAGGGUAUUUCUGGGAAGUUCUGAUUUUUACAAAGGCAGCACUCACUUUUGUCUAGAAGGAGGCUGAAACAGUUUAAAAAGAACUGCUGGACACAGCUCUUGACUGUGGUCAACCUGAAGCCAGGUUUGCAUCCUGUUCUUCAUUUUGGCCCGCAGAACACGUGCUAAUACUUCCCAUAGCAAAAGUGAUGGAACAAACAGUGUUUGGUAUUUCCUGCACUGGGCUGGGCAGACUGGAUUCAGAAAGCACAGAGGCUCAACACUGAGGCAUAGACCGUAGGCUUUUCAUACUGGAGUCGGGCAUCUGUGAUGGAAAAAAAAAUGUUUUCCUACUCCCAGGAGAGGUUUGAGUCUGCAUGCCAGUGUGCUUUAUAAAGAACAACUGACGAUCCAAAGGACAAUGCGCAGUGUGUAUCCUGAUGACAUUUUGUGUACUGCAACAUGGUUUUUGUCAUGGCAUCUGAGACUGAAAAGGCCCACGCUCUUCUCCAGACUUUCAGCACAGCAUCAGUUAUUUCCAGUCUAGGUUUGGGGAUAUUCUGCUUUGUAGCAGAUAGACUUCUGCAGUUUUCCUUCAUUCAGCAAAAUGACUGGCUCCGAGCCUUAUCUGAUAAUGCGGUGCAUGGUAUACUGGGGAUGUGGUCCUGGGCAAUAGUGAUUGGACUCAGGAAGAAAAGUGACUUCACUGAGGUCACCCUGGCUGGCUUCCUUGCCUCUGUCAUUGAUGUGGACCACUUCUUUCUUGCUGGAUCUCUGUCAUUAAAGGCUGCUCUAACUCUUCCACGGAGACCACUUCUUCAUUGUUCUACUGUGAUUCCUGUGGUGGCUCUGACAUUAAAGUUCAUCAUGCAGCUUUUCAGGCUUAAGGACUCUUGGUGCUUUCUUCCCUGGAUGUUGUUCAUAUCCUGGACUUCUCAUCAUGUCCGUGACGGGAUUCGUCAUGGCCUCUGGAUCUGCCCAUUUGGAAAAACUCCUCCCUUGCCAUAUUGGCUGUAUGUGGCAAUUACAGCAUCUUUACCUCAUCUAUGUUCAUUUAUUAUGUAUUUAACGGGCACUAGAGAAUUAAUGUCUAUAAAACAUGGAAUCCGCAUUGAUGUAUAGGAAUAAUGGCUUUUAAAGGUGGUUUGUGCUAGCACUUGAAAUAACCUGCCUGUCUGUCACUGAAGGGUUUCCUUAUGUUUCCUACACCUUCUGAGCUAGGCAUUUUAAGGUUGCGGAGCCAAUUACAGCUCUUGUGUCAAUUCCUUGUGGUCAUAGAACUUAUUUAAUGAAUGAUAAUAAUUUUAUAUCUGUACAUUUCCCUUGCAGAGUGUGUGGUCUUCCAUGAUAGUUCAUGCAUAGUGAGCUGAUUAUAAAGUACUUAGUUCCUCUCUAUAGUAAUUACAUUACAUUUCACUGUCACAGUGCCAUUCAUCUGGUCACCAUUCACUUGGGAUUUGUAUUCUGCCUUUCAAGAAUACAUUUCAUCCAGAUGGUAUUUGUGUAGCACUUUAAAAAUAUGAAGUUCUAUAUAAAUACUAGUUAUUACUGGGGAUUUAGCAGUAUAUGGCAUUUCUAAAAAAUCCCUCAGUUAGCUUUUUGAAUUUAUUUAUAUGUUAGGAGUCCUGCUGGACUCUUGUAUUCAACCAUUUUAAAAGAAAUAUUGCCUGGAUGUCACACUGUCUAUCCACACUUCUUUGAACCUGUAAUCACAGUGUUUUACUAAAUUCUAUAUCCCCCUGUAGUUGCUUGGUACUAAAUUUCCAGAAAAUUACUAGCUUCAAAAUUAGAAAGGAGUAGACAAUUUUGUUAUAGUAUUAUGGUGUGUUGGCCAAAUUGUUUAGUUUUUAAAAAUACACUAUUUAUGAACACUAUUUAAUUUGGAACCAAGGAAUUUUAUUAAAUAUUUAAGAAUUGUGUGAAGAUUCAGGGAGAUACAAGAAAAUAAAAAUUACUUGUACCACAAGUUUGCUUAAAGACAUUACUACCCAGUAAAGCAUUUUCCAGUAAGUGCAAUAUCAUCCUCAUAAUUGUGAAAUAAAAUGCAUUGUUAUUAUUAUUAUUAUUAUUAUUAUUAUUAUUAUACAGAAAUAGAGAUUUCCUCAUAAAGAGAUUCCAUAAGGAAAAGUGUUAUUAUGCUGCAGUUUAUGAGGUAGUAAUUUGCACUAUGGACUAUUCAGUUUUCAUUUACAGACAUCUCUCAGAAAGAGUCCCAAAUUAUAAGUUGUCUGGUCUUGUCUAGCUAGACAAGACAGUUUAGACUUGUGUAGUUUAUUAUGUGCAAGCUGAGAAUGUCUGUUAAUAAUUUUUAAAUUUUUUAUUCACAUCCCAUUAAAGAGAUGGGGCCUUAACUACUCCAGCUUGUGAUGAAUAGCUGUCAAAGGGGAUCAUUUUUAUGGAACUGCAUGUAUAAGGUAGCAUGUGCUUAACUUAGGUUACCAAGGGGUAUAAGAGUUUAUGUGAUGUGUACAUUUACAUUAUUAAAUGUAUAUUAGAAUAAAGUUUAAAAAAAUAUUAACUGGGAUGCCUGUCUUAAUGAGUACCAGAAACUUUGUGGCUGCAGAAUACUUAAGGCUCUUUGCAGCACACUAUGCUAAUCACAGAUAGUGUUGCACCUCUUUAAAAUAUGUCUUUGCACCAAAAGUAUAGUCCCUAUCCUGUUUUCAUGUUAGAAAUGUGCACCAAUGCAAACUUGUCUGAUAGUACAGUGGGCCUGUCUAGCCUUUAUUAUAAAAAUGAAUAAAAGAGUCUUUCUUGGAAAGGAGAUUGGAAGAGAAAAACAUUCCUUAGAGGGUUAUCCUCAUGCUGUGGAUUUCUGUCCUUCAGAGUUUUCCAGAAACAGCAUAAGAAAUGUCUUGCUUUAGAGCCCUCAGAUCAAAACUGUCUUUUCUCCAAAGGCAGGUUGUUUUAUUAGAGGAGCAUUGCUCAUUAAUUUACUUCUAUCCUGUAUUUUAAACUACAGGCUAUGAUGUGCCAGUAAUGAAUACAUUUUCUGCAAGGGGUGAACACUGAAACCCAAGUAGAAAGUUUUCUGUAUUCUUGUUUCAUGGUAUAAUAUUUGUAUAAUUUUGUGCUUUAUCCAGAUUUUUUGCAAAGGGAAAUGUAUAUAGGAACAAAGUGUAGAAUUACACUUUCUCACUUUCAGACUGUAGCUGUAGCGUUUCUGGUAACUGUAUGUCUACCCACAGUCCUUAAGAUCAGUACUUUACUGUUCUAGCUAUGUUUAAGGAUCCAUUAAGGGGUACAUCUUCAGUAGUUUAAAACUACAUAUUUAAUUCUCUUUAUGUCUAGAUAUUUCUGUCUGAGCUUUCACAGUAACUUUGAGCUGUAUUUCAAAACACUGUUUUUUCCAGCCACGUUCUUACCAAGUUCUACCACAGCAAUAGGUGAACCCCACUCAGACACGCAUUAAGGAAAGUAGCAAGUACUUUGUACCAUGGCUUCUUUCCUUCCAGACAGACAUGGCAAUCUCACACCUCAACCUGACAUUUUGGCAGCUUUAGCUGAGGCCAUCAGCAGCUUUUCAAGGUAAAUUUACACAUGACAUGUACUGCUGUAAUUUGUGGGUAGCCAGAGUAGGGCACAAAGGGCAGGUUAGGUGUUUGUCUCAGCCUGUGUGUUGUGGGCAGAGUGGGAGCUACAGAGAUUAUAGAGAACCCCUCCCGUUGAGUCACAAAGCAUAGACAGGACCCUCUUGAUUUCUAAACUCCUCACAGAGGCCUCUGGGUGCAGCUGGAUCCAGCCUUAGCCCCGGGCUCUGUCAAUGGUUUAUGUUAAUGGAUUAAAUAGGUGUUAUUGAAACUCUUCACAGCUUUGUCCCACAGCAUUAAGGAUGACAAAACAGAGAUAUUUAUAUGAAAAUGAAUUCAUUGUUAUGAUAAUAAUGAGACUAAAAGAUCUUAAUCAGAAUUAUUUACUACACAGUCUAAGUACCUGUAACUAGUAGUCUAGUUCAGUACCCUAUUUUUGUAGCAAUAUUGAAGCAAUAAUAUCAAAGGUAGCAAAAGAAACUAUGAAGUAGAGAUUUAUUUUGCUCACCUGUAACAAUGACUGCGGUCGAAUCUCUUUCUCUGAACUUCGAGGGGUAACAUUGAGGCAAAUCCCAGCUCAAGGAAGGAAUCUCCACACGAGCUCCAGAAAGGGGAUUGAUGGAAGAUCCUCCCCACUCUUUAAAAAUUGGGUGUGGGUCCUCUGAUUCCAGGCCAGCUGUGUCAGCUCAGCAUCUUUAGAUAAGUUAGUAGUAGUAAGUAUUACCAUUUGUUUGUCGAUUUAUCCGGUACUUUACCAGGUCUGCCACAGCUUCACGUUUCUCUCAGGUAUGUUUAACUCUGGGGUUGAUGAGUCAGGCUGGUUUCAGCAUUGUUCAGCACCAAGAGCACCAGGACAGCCCCCUCCUCCAUUCACCACUGAUAGCUUUGCUAACAGGGCAUUACUCGAGCUGUUCUUCUCAGUCCAAGCAGAGCAUCCUUCUACACCUCCUCACCCAACACCUGCCUGCUACAGAUGGAUUGCCCAGCAAUUCCUUACCAGUAUUUCUUGUGCAUUUCAAAUCACUGAUGUUUCCAACUAUGCAUUGAUACCUGCCAUGUGUAACAAAAUCGUAACAAAAAUAAACCAAGAUACUAAAAAUAUAA